UAUCGAUAUCAAUUGUUAUUUUAAGAUGUUGCAAUCAAACCACGUCCUGCAAAAGGAGCAGAUUGAGCUGUUUUCCAUCCAAAGGAAGCUUGAGAAAGUCCUUCCCGUCAUCCAGGAGACUCUAAAUUCACUGAAGGUGGAGGAACUGCAUCUGAAGUCUCUGGGGCUACAGAACAACAUUAUUCCGACUCGGGACCCACUGCACAUAGACCUGGACGGGCCGGAAAUGCAACCGGUCCUGGUCUCCGAGUCUGAGCACAUCAACAAUCAGCAGCUGGUGGACCUCGCGUUCCAGAAACUAGAGCAAUACGACGAGGAGAUGGACUCGGACUGACUGAAAUAUUUAUUGGUGGCACUCUGGCGGCGAACCACUCAUUUACAUGCACAUGGGGGAACUUAAAUAUUAAAUAUGUACGUAAUAUUACAAUUAUA